AGUUAUCUUUCAGUCAAAACAGGAAGAGGAAGUGAAAAACAAACAUUCCAUAAUACUAUCAAUAUAGCCAUUCAGUCUAGAAAUCAUAGACUUUGAGGAUAAUUAAUUACAACUUGACUGACUUCAUAAAAAACAAAGAAUGUUUCAACAACCUGGUUAUAUUGAGAAUGUGUCACUGAGACUGUCAGAGGUUCUUGCUGAUAUUGGAGUGGAUGAGAGGAUUGUUCAGAAAAGAAGAAGAGCAUGGCUGCUGAAUGAAUCUAUGACAACAAUAUUACAGGAUGCACAUGUUUCAACAUACUACUUAGGCAGUCAGUCUGAGGGAACCACUACACUGGGACUUCACUCAGACACUGAUAUACUACACUGUGUUAAUGACUUUUAUGUGAUACAAGACUGGGCUGACUGGAAACCUGGUGUACUCAAUUACUUGAUGAUCCAGGACGAGACUGUAUCAUCUGGUUAUUGUCUACUACAACUCUUGAGAGAUGAUGCUCCUCUUCCUCACAAUGAUGUACUUAAUCCAUAUUAUCUUUUUAGAGACAGAACAGGAAGAAUAUUGCUAAAGAACACAUCCUUGUUAGCAGCAACAGCUGGUGCUUUUGAGGGAGGAGUAAGACAUGGUCCAGCAUAUGCGAAACAAGAACAGCCUGGGUUUACAGAUUCUGACACUGUUUGUGCCUACCCCUGUAAAUCAUGGCCUCUACAAGCUAGACAAUGGUUAGACCAGCAAGGUGUAGGUCAGUGGCCUUCAGAUGAAAUGAAGAGAUACUGCAGAAACACUGGAUGUUUUGUUGUUGGUGUUGGAAGCCAGGAAAAUGAAGAGCUUGAAUGGAGAAUAUCAACCUCUCUAGCAGAAAGGUGUUUAAUGUUUAAUCUUAAUAUUACACAGAUUCGCUGUUACAUUUUGAUGAAGAUGAUAUUAAAAACCUUCAUCAAACCAUACUCUGGAGACACAGUUUCAAGUUUCAUGUGUAAAACAGUUCUGUUCCACUGCAUUGCAAAUACACAUUCUAAUGUCUGGAGAGAAAAUAACUUACUUGUUUGUCUAACAUUGUGUUUAUUUGUCCUGUACAACAGUAUUCUAAAUGAAAACUGUCCUCAUUUUAUCAUACCUGGAAACAACUUGAUGAGAGGACAUAUUUCUCAUGCAUAUAAACCUUACAUUCUUGAAAUACUGAAGUAUAUUAUAAACAGUGAAGGAAGAGCAUUACUGGAGAUUGAGUGUGAUGAUCUUGGUGCAAGGAUUCAGCUGAAGUUGAGUAAUUUGCACUCUGAGUUUGAGAUAAAAAGCAGUGACAUUUCAGGGGAUUUAAUACUCUCAAUUGCACAAUUGAGUGCACUGAACAUAGAGCCCCGUCUGUAUUCAAUUACAAACAGUAGCUAUAAAGAAGCUAUACAAACAUUGCUGAAGUAUAUUUUCAAACUAGUCAUUAUUUCUAAUCAAUGCCAAGGAUUGGACAAAACAGCUUGCAGCCUUAUUGUAUCAUGUUUCUGUACAACCCUGGGAUCUAUCCUGGCAUCCCUGAACAUUCAACAAUACAAUGCUUUAUCAGCAGAAGCUCUCACCUUGAUUUCAUGUGGUCUGAACACAGAUGUUGCAUCCAGUAAACUGAAGCUAGCCUCCAUGUUACACUGUUUAGGAGAUACUCAAAGAGAAGACAUUGUUCUCAGAGAUAUUGAAGAAAGCUAUGAAUUGAACAUUGUUGAACCUGUUUGUACGUGCCAUGCUUUCAUCAGACAACCUUACAGAAGAGGAUUCUAUGCACUGGCUGACAAUCAUAAUGAAGAAGCUAUACAGUACACUACAGCAUCCUGUGUCACAUUUCUGCCAUGUGAAAUUAACUGUGUUCCACAUGAACUAAGACAUGAAAUGUUUAGAUCUACACAAGAGGACCUAGCUUUCAGAGGUAGAGAUGACUACUGGAUGGACUGGGCUGUGGUCGAUUCUCUCCCUUACCUCUACUAUCUACAAUACAAGACCUGUCGCAAUCUUGGGAAACAUGAAGAAAAGCAAAGAGCACUUUUCAACCUUAUCAGAACCAUUGACCAGGAACCAAACCUCGGACACAGGGAAACAGCUCUAAAUCUACUGGGUCAAUGUAUGGAACAAGAGGACCGAGCUAAAGACUCUUUAGAAUGUUAUUUAUUGUCCCUAAAUGAAAGGGAGAGGAACAAUGCUGCCAAGUUCCAUAUCUGUAGACUGCUGUCUACUUUGGUCAAUGACCAAUAGUUUAAAAUAAACAAACAAGUUGUUUGACAAGUAAGCGGAGAAUAUCAAUACAUUACAAUAUUUAAGUAUACGUACUGGUACAAGCCAUGUAUCCAAUAGUUUUAAUGAAAUAACUGUGACUCACUGUGGGAUAAAAGGAAAUCAAACACAUUUCUGUUUAAAAUGAAAAAAGACAAAUAUCACAAUCAAAAUCAUUUCAAAAGGCUGAACAUAUAAAUCUGCUUGAUAGUUUGUUUUUGAUUUAUUUAUGUUACUGGCAAAUAUCUUUAAUCAUUUUAUCUACUGCUGACUUCAUUUAACAAGAGCACUGCCUUGCAGGUGCAGACGCUCAUC